AUGGCAUCUGUCAACAGCAACCAAGGCUCAACACCUACAACCCCUGAGCUGAAAUCACAAAGUGCAUCUAAAAAUAGCGUAGCACAAAGAGAGACCUCUGGGACACUGCCAAAGACUCCCCCGAAUACACGCACUAUAUCUCCACCAAGAGCUCCUCGUCCACGACGAACUCUUCGUACGGAGGGAAUGUGGACGAGAAAUCGGGAGCUAUCAACUCAGACACCGUCUCGAAUCCUCACAAAUACUGGUACGAGAUUUGUGACGCCUGCAAGACACUACCAGAGCAAUCGUGAUAGAGACUCGCGAUCUGUGUCACCUUUAGAGAGCCAACCACGUUCAUACCGUGCUCGAUCUUCACUCCUACAUCACCCUCGAAAUAGACCGUUUGCCGGUGCAGCACCACAGCUUCUACCUUCCGUAUUUAUUGAUGAAGGUGCUAUUUCCUCUAACAACCACACUUUCGGCCGAUUUGAAGAGGGUAUGCAAUAUAUGAACAUGCUUUCUGUUGCAGACCGACAUCCUAAGGAGGAGACGGCAGCAGGAUUAUCGUCAGGACUUCAAGACGACGAGUAUGUGAAGAGUAAUUUGACAGAGGAUAGUUUCAACGAGUACGAUAACAAUGAUGAAGAAAACGAGAAUAGUGAUGAAAAGAACGAAAAGGAACAUGACAUCUGGUCAUGGAAAUGUUGA